CUAUAGCCUUGCGAAAAGGGUGGACAUUACUCUAAGAGAAUAGAAUUAGAGUUUGAAGCUUUGUUUUAGAUUUUGAUAUUUCAAUGACUGAUGAGCUUACUCUCAUAAUUGAUAAAAAAGAGGAAUUUCUAAAUGUCUAAUUGCAAUAUGUGAAGAGUCUUAGCCUUGGGCCUUUUGAACUGUGAUAUAUUAGCCCUUGUAGCAAUAGCAUUCAUCAGGGUGAAGCAAGUAUUCAGUAAUGGCAGAAACAAAUAACAGCAAGGAAUUCCUCUAUAGCCAUCUAGGAAAGAAGAAACUGGCCCCGGACUACUCUUUGAGAAAUUCAGGUCCGUCGCACAGGCAGCGUUUUCUCUGCGAACUGAGGGUCAGCGGCUACCCCUACACGGCCGUUGGCAACUCCACCAACAAAAAGGACGCCCAGACCAAUGCCGCCAAGGAUUUCAUUCAGUACCUCGUCCGCAAGGGCGAGAUCAAGCCAUCUGAUGUACCAGGAGAGGGCGGCGGACAGGCCUCGAGCAACGCCCAGGCUGGCGGGUAUGCCGCGCCGCCGAUGCAGCCCGUGCCGCAGCUGCACGAACAGGGCAACGUGUACAAGCCCAUCAAUUCUGCUCCAGACUCCACAUACCUGGACAAGAUCGCCGCCAUGAGCGAGAAGGAAGUGGAAGGGCAAGAGGAUGUGGAUAUCAACGCCAGCAUCCACGGCAACUGGAGUAUGGAGAAUGCCAAGUCCAAGCUGCACCAGUUCCUGCAGAGCAGUCGGCUUCAAGCCGACUACAAGUAUUCUCAAGUGGGGCCUGAUCACAACAGGAGCUUCGUGGCUGAGAUGGGCUUCUAUGUGCGAGAGCUGGGACGGAACAUCCAUGCCCGCGAACAAGGAUCCAACAAACAGGCGGCGUCCAAGGCGUGCGCGCUGUCUCUGGUGCGUCAGCUGUUUCACCUGGGUGUCAUCGAGCCGUUCUCGGGCACCCUGAAGAAGGAGCGAUCCGAGGAGAUGCCGGCCUAUCCUGUGGCCGUGUCGCCAGAGCUUAGCGAGCAGCUUGACAAGCUGCUGGACAAACUGGGACUGAAGCCGCCAUCCAAACUGGAGUCCACCACCGACGAGCCGGUCUCUCUCGUAACCGACACUCGCCUGGCCGAGUUCACGGCGGCCGCGCACCCGCAGCCGGCAGGCGUCGUCUCCUGGUCGCCCCCGCAGCCCAACUGGAACCCCUGGACGGCCUGUAACAUCGACGAGGGACCCCUGGCCACGGCCACGCUGGACGCCAUUUCGGAGGACCUGUGUCGCAGCUACCAGGACCAGCUGAAGGAGGACACGCAGCUACAGAAGAUGGUGGAGGAGCGCCAGAAGCUGCCCGUGUUCGAGACCAGGGAGCACAUCCUGCACACCAUCAACAACAACCCGGUGGUGGUGAUCCGAGGCGCCACUGGCUGCGGAAAAACCACGCAGGUGUGCCAGUACAUCCUGGACGAGCACAUCCAGUCGGGCCAGGGUGGCCACUGCAACAUUGUCGUCACCCAGCCGCGGCGCAUCUCGGCCGUCUCGGUGGCAGAUCGUAUCUGUCAGGAACGUAACCAGCCGCUCGGCCAGGCGGUGGGGUACAGCGUGCGCUUCGAGUCGGCGCUGCCGCGGCCCUACGGAUCCAUACUAUUCUGCACCGUCGGCGUGCUGCUCCGUAAGCUGGAGGCGGGCCUGCGCGGCAUCUCCCACGUCAUCGUGGACGAGAUCCACGAGCGGGACAUCAACUCGGACUUCAUCCUGGUCGUGCUGCGAGAUAUGAUUCGCCAGUACCCGGACCUGCGUCUGAUCCUGAUGUCGGCCACCAUCGACACCACCCUGUUCACCGACUACUUCGGCGGCUGUCCGGUCAUCGAGGUGUCCGGCCGCACCUACCCCGUCAAAGAGUAUUUCCUGGAGGACUGCGUGGAGCUGUGUAAGUUUGUACCGGUACCCGACACCAGAAAACGAAAGCGGGAUGAUGACGAUGACGGCGGACUGGCGGACGGAGACGACGGACCCGCCUCCAAGAACCUCAACAAGGUGGUCGACCCUCGCCAGUACUCGCCGGCCACCCAGGCGGCGAUGAGUCAGCUCUCCGAGAGGGAGACCAGCUUCGAGCUGAUCGAGGCGAUCCUGCGCUACUGCAAGGACACGGGCACACCGGGCGCCGUGCUUAUCUUCCUGCCCGGCUGGAACCUGAUCUUCGCCCUGCUCAGACACCUCCAGCAGAGCUCCACAUUCGGCGGUCCCGACUAUCUGGUGCUGCCACUGCACUCCCAGCUGCCGCGGGAGGACCAGCGGCGAGUGUUUGACCCCGUGCCGGAGCACGUGACUAAGAUCAUCCUGUCGACCAACAUCGCCGAGACAUCCAUCACCAUCAACGACGUGGUGUUCGUCAUCGACUCCAGCAAGGCCAAGAUGAAGAUGUUCACCUCGCACAACAACAUGACCAACUACGCCACGGUGUGGGCGUCUCGGACAAACCUGGAGCAGCGGCGGGGCCGCGCCGGUCGCGUCCGGCCCGGCUACUGCUUCCACCUCUGCAGCCGUGCCCGGUUUGAGCAGCUGGAGGAGCACGUUACGCCGGAGAUGUUCCGCACUCCACUGCACGAGGUGGCGCUCUCCAUCAAACUGCUCCGGCUGGGGGGUGUUGGCGACUUCCUCUCCAAGGCGGUGCAGGCGCCGCCGAUCGACGCCGUCAUCGAGGCCGAGUUUCUGCUGCGCGACAUGCGCUGCCUGGACUCCCAGAACGAGCUGACGCCGCUGGGACGGCUGCUGGCGCGCCUGCCGGUCGAGCCCCGCCUGGGCCGGAUGCUGGUGCUGGCCUCCUGUUUCGGUCUGGCCGACGCCGCGUGCACGGUGGCCGCUCAGUCGGACGGCGGCGACGUGUUUCUGUCGGCACUGGGCUCAGAGCAGCGGCGCGUCACCUAUCAGCAGCGCCGGUUCGCCGGCAACAGGUGCUCCGACCACCUGGCCACGCUGAACGCGUUUCAGGCGUGGGAGAACGCCCGCGAGGGCGGCGAGCAGGCCGAGAUCCAGUUCUGCGACAACCAGAUGCUGUCGAUGCCCACGCUGCGCGUGAUGUCCGAGGCCAAGAACCAGCUGAAGCAGCUGCUGGUCUCGGCCGGUUUUCCCGAGCAGUGCCUGCAGCCCGUGCCGAUGGACUUCAACGGGCCCGACACCGGUCUGGACACGCUGGCCGCGCUCCUGGCGGCCGGCACCUACCCCAACGUCUGCUACCACAAGGAGAAGCGCAAGGUGCUGACGAUGGAGUCGAAGAUGGCGCUGGUGCACAAGUCGUCGGUCAACUGCAACAAGUUCGAGGUGACGUUCCCCUCGCCGUUCUUCGUGUUUGGUGAGAAGAUCCGGACGCGCGCCGUCAGCUGCAAGCAGAUGACGAUGGUGACGCCGCUGCACCUGCUGCUCUUCGCCUCGCGCCGCGUUGAGGUCAUCAAGGAGGUGGUGCGCCUGGAUGGCUGGCUCAACCUGGCCAUGCCGGCCGAGCUGGCGGCGCGCGUGGUGCUGCUGCGGCCCGCCCUAGAGCAGCUGCUCGUGCACGCGUGCACCGACCCCGAGUCGCUGAGCCAGCCGAGCGAGAACGACGCGGCCAUCGUGGCGUGUGUGCGCCAGCUGUGCCAGCUGAACGCCGCCCGAUACGGGAUGGCCCCGCUGCCGCCGCCUCCCGGCCACGGCAGCAAGCGGCCCUUCCACGGUCCGCCGCCGCCGCGCGGACCGCCGCCCUUCGCAGGCGGCGGCCGCGCCGGAUCCUUUAACUCCAUGUUCGGACACCACGGCGGAUACCGACCGCGCAUGCGCGGUGGCCCGCGAGGCUUUGGCGGCCCUCGCGGAGGCUUCGGGGGCCCGCGUGGCGGCUACGGUCCGCGCAUGGGAGGCGGGUACUAAGCGUCACCAGUGUCGGCACCAGGUGGGCGGGCGGUCUGUGCCCAGUGCCGGUGGUCCGGCGACUGUUUGUCGGGUCAUUGGGGACGCGUCGGCUGAUCUCCUAAGCAGCACGGUGGGGUGGGAUCCGGUUGACGCUUGUGCUUCGCCCAGUCUACUUACACGGGACGUGUAUGUAGUGGUUUGAUUUGCCCGAUUUUCAUGGACACUGCCCUUCACGAUUAUAAUUAUUUCCAAUUUGGUUCAUUCUACAAAUGUACUUUGGGUUUAAUGAUUCAGGUUUCCUUCUGCUUGUGAGAUAGUGGGGUGCCUAGUAUUGUUUUUGUCAUUUUAGUGCUUUUGGGGGAAUACAUUCAUUGUCACCAAACCAA